GAAAUAAUCCUGGCUAUUGCGAUGAUCCAGGAGUACCAGCUCAUGGGUCUAGACUAGGGGAUGAGUUCAAAAUAAAAAGUCUGCUACGUUUCUCAUGUGAAAUGGGUUAUCAGCUUAGAGGGUCUGCAGAACGAACAUGCCUGCUUAAUGGUUCCUGGUCAGGUAUACAGCCUGUAUGUGAGGCUGUAUCUUGUGGAAACCCUGGCACCCCGGCCUAUGGUAUGAUAGUAUACACUGAUGGAAUAUUAUUCUCCAGCUCAGUCAUUUAUGCCUGCUGGGAAGGUUACAAAACUUCAGGGCUAACUACUAGGCAUUGUACUGCUAAUGGGACGUGGACUGGCACUGCUCCAGAUUGCACAGUGAUCAGCUGUGGAGAUCCAGGUGCAUUAGCAAAUGGCGUACAGUUUGGAAAUGAUUUUACCUUUAAUAAGACAGUCAGGUAUCAGUGCAAUCCAGGAUACUUGAUGGAGCCUGCCAGUUCACCUACCAUGCGUUGUAUAAAAGACAGCACUUGGAACCAGAGUAAACCAGUUUGCAAAGCUAUUACCUGUGGCCCCCCUCCACCAGUACUCUAUGGGAAAGUGGAAGGAUCUGAUUAUCGCUGGGGUGCCAGUGUGAGUUACAGCUGUGCAGAAGGCUAUCAGCUAUCUAACACAGCUAUUCUCUCCUGUGAGGGUCGAGGAAUUUGGAGGGGAGACAUUCCACAAUGUUUGCCUGUGUUUUGUGGUGAUCCUGGUACUCCAGCAGAAGGACGCCUCAAUGGAAAAAGUUUCACCUACAGAUCUGAAGUUAGCUUUCAGUGCCGACCCCCUUUUAUUCUGAUAGGCUCUUCAAGAAGAUUCUGUCAAGCCGAUGGUACUUGGAGUGGAAUUCAGCCAACAUGCAUUGAUCCAGCUCACAAUACAUGUACAGACCCUGGUACUCCACAUUUUGGAAUACAAAACAGUUCCAGAGGUUAUGAGGUUGGGAGCACAGUCUUUUUCAGAUGCAGAAAAGGUUAUCAUAUUCAAGGAUCUACCACCCGUUCUUGUCUUGCUAACUUAACUUGGAGUGGUAUACAGUCUGAAUGCAUACCUCAUGCUUGCAGGCAGCCAGAGACACCGGCACAUGUAGAUGUGAAAGCAAUAGAUCUUCCUACUUUAGGGUACACUUUGGUGUAUACCUGUCAGCCAGGAUUUUUUCUUGCUGGUGGAUCAGAGCAUCGGACAUGUAAACCAGAUAUGAAAUGGACAGGAAAAUCACCUAUUUGUAAAAUUCCCUCAGAUGUGUUCUUUAUAAACUCACUGUGGAAAGGGUUUUAUGAAUAUUUAGGAAAAAGACAGCCUGCUACUCUGACUGUUGAUUGGUUCAAUACUACAAGCAGCAAAGUGAAUGCCACAUUCAUUGAGGCAUCCAACAUACAACUCAAACUAUCAGGUGUUUACAAGAAAGAAGAAGCCCAUUUGCUCUUGAAAGUUUUCCAGAUUAAAGGAGUUAGUGACAUUUUUGUAAGCAAGUUUGAAAACGACAACUGGGCACUCGAUGGUUAUGUAUCAUCAGGGCUUGAAAGAGGUGUUUUUACCUAUCAAGGUGAUAUACAUGGAAAAGACUUUGGAAAAUUUAUGCUCCAAAGACAAGGUCCUUUAAGUGCAGACACAGACCUUUCAAAUCACUAUUAUGGUACAAACAGCAGUUCUGUUGCAGCUGCCAUCCUGGUACCAUUCUUCGCUCUAAUAUUAUCAGGGUUUGCAUUUUACCUCUACAAACACAGAACAAGACCAAAAGUACAGUACAAUGGAUAUGCUGGUCAUGAAAACAGUAAUGGACAGGCUUCAUUUGAAAAUCCCAUGUAUGACACAAACUUAAAACCCACAGAGGCAAAGGCUGUGAGGUUUGAUACGACUCUGAACACAGUUUGUACAGUG